UGUCGCCAACAACACCGCCGGUGUUGGUAUCGUGUUCACACGUUGAAACUGGUUUAACGGAGAUGUAACUCGCAUUUUUCAAGUUGUGGAAUUAGUAAUUACCCUUUAUAGUGUUCACAAUAUUUUACGUGUAGAUAAGUUCAGGUGUAAUGUAACCGACAUAACGAGGACAGCAAGUUGGAGCGUACCAUCGACAGAAUACAUGCUGCCACCGUGGACGACCUAGCUCACAUCAAGGAAGGUUUUAAGUAAUAUUUCUCUCAACUUUGAUCGAAGCAAAAUGCCUAAAAUGAAGUGUCAUUAUGAAAUGCUUGGCGUGAAAAGGGACGCAUCAGACGAUGAUCUGAAAAAGGCUUACAGGAAGCUAGCUUUGAAAUGGCAUCCAGAUAAAAAUUUGGAUAAUGCCGAAGAGGCUGCGGAACAGUUCAAGCUCAUUCAGGCAGCCUAUGAAGUCCUCAGCGACCCACAGGAGAGGGCCUGGUAUGACAAUCAUCGCGACGCUCUUCUGAAAGGAGGAGUGGACGGAGAGUACCAGGAUGACAGUAUUGAUCUGCUACAGUACUUCACAGUCUCCUGCUAUUCAGGAUUUGGGGAUGACGAGAAGGGCUUCUACAGCGUCUACAGAGGGCUGUUUGAGUCCAUCGUCAAGGAGGAGAUGGAGCACAGUAAAGAGGAGGAGGACGACGAUGACGAGUUCCCCUCUUUCGGCGAAUCGGAGAGUGACUUUGAUACGGUGGUGCACCUCUUCUACGCCCACUGGCAGAGCUUCUGCACGCGCAAGAACUUCGCCUGGAAGGAAGAGUACGACACACGACAGGCCUCCAACCGCUGGGAGAAGCGGGCCAUGGAGAAGGAGAACAAGAAGGUGCGCGACAAGGCCCGCAAGGAGCACAACGAGAUGGUGCGCCAGCUAGUGGCCUUCGUGCGCAAGCGCGACAAGCGGGUGCAGGCACACAAGAAGCUGGUGGAGGAGCAGAACGCCGUCAAGGCCAAGAAGGUGGAGGAACUGCGCAGGAAGCAGAAACUCGACCAGGCCAAGCUGGCGGAGGACUACCAGGAGCAGAGCUGGGCCGCCAUGUCCGAGCUGGAGAAGGAGCUGCAGCAGAUGGAGGCGCAGUACGGCCAGCAGUUUGGAGACACCAGCGGGAGCGAGGAGGAGCUGGAGGAGGGGGAGGGGGGAGAGGGAGACGCACAGACGAACAACGGGGUCGGAGAUGUUCUUCAGACAGAGGAAUUGGAUGAUUUCGACGACUGCUUAUACUGCCCAGCCUGCGAUAAAAUCUUCAAAUCAGAUAAAGCCAUGAAGAAUCACGAGAAGUCCAAGAAGCACCGGGAGAUGGUGGCGUUACUACGGCAACAGCUGGAAGAGGAGGAUGAGUCUCUUCGGGGAGGAAAAGAGGAGGAGGAGGAGAAUGAGGAGGAAGAUGAGAUUGACGAUGCUCCACGACAGAAGUUGUCCAAGAAACAGAAGAAGAAAAAACGGCAGCAGAAAAUGUCCCAGAAUCCUGUGGAGCAGGAGGAGGAGGAGGUGAAGGUGGAGAAUGCAACUCAGCCGUCAGCAUCCUCGGAAGACGACAAGAAGACGUCAGCUGAGCAGCCUGAGCCCAAACGAGCACAAGAGGAGGAGGAGGAGGAGGAGGAGGAGGAGGAGAAGAUUGAUGGGGAGGGGAAGGAGAACAGCACAGCUCCUGAGGAGGAGCAAGCAGAGAAGAGGGGUUCUCAGGAGCCGACUGCUCCCAGCAACAACAAGAGCUCCCAGAAAGCCAAGGCAAAGAAAGGAAAAGAGGCAAAGAAAGGCACCAAGGCACAAGGAGGCCAAGAGGCAGCCCCAGAGAAGGAGCUGAACCUCCGCUGUGUGACCUGCCAGUAUGAGUUCUCGUCCAGGAACAAACUGUUUGACCACCUAAAGACAACGGGCCAUGCCAUGCCCGUCUCCUCUGACGGCAGAAGCAAGAAAGACAAGAGGAAAAACAGAUAGCUGUGGCUGUGUGUGGACUGGUUGAAAGACCCACUGUAAAAAAAAAAAAAAGAAAGAAAGAAAUAAUGCUCAUCAUGCCCAUGAACACUACUGCUUCAUUUCAUCUUCUCCCGGUUGUGGGAGUAGUGACUCCCUGGCCUGACUGCUCCCGACUGAUGCCCGAUGUCUUGUUGGUUCCCAACGUUUUAAAUUAAACAUGACUUUAAUUUGUCA